UGGGGGCGUGGCCGGCGGAGUCCAGGAAAUCCUGGAGCGACGACGAAUCUCCCAGCAGGAGAAGUGGUUCCUGGGCCGAGGCUACUGGGACCCAGCUGUGGGAUGGAGGACCGACAGGAAAGGAGGGUGGUCCACUUCGCCAGUGGGGAGACUAUGGAGGAGGACGAGGAAGAUCCAACACAUGAUGAGACGCUCAGGGAGCCAUCAGAGAGGACUUGGAGGUCGUGGAGGAAAACUGGGGGUCUGGUGAUGAAGAUGACCCUUUGCGCGUGUGACUUCCUGGGGGCGCGGCUGGCCAGCCUGUUGGGGCUGGACUCCGCCAAGUACCAGUAUGCCAUCGACCUGCACCGCCGCCGCCAGCCGCAGCGGCGGGACGACCCGCAGGUACCUGAGGACCUGAGUGGAGCCCGAGGGGAGAGGAUUGUUCUCUCCACCAGACCGGACCGCACUUACAGUGCCACAGAACCCAGAACCGUGGGUCAAGGGGCGCACAACGAGGCCUUUCAGCAUGAUCGUGACCCCUAAACCAAAAGUAAAGAAGAGGAGGAAUGUUCUGUGAUUUGGGAUUUUCUUUAAAAACAUUCAACAGAAACUUUCCAUUUGUAAUUUAACCGGACUUAGUAAAGUGGGAUCAGGUUUGAAACUUUUAAAUAAAAUGUGAAACAAA